AUGAUCUACGCCAGUGCCCCCACGUCUGCAAGAACGAAAAAUGACAGAACCAGCAGAUUUCCAAAAACGACUCGUCUGACCCAAGCGACAAGUGACUGCUCUAUGUCAGCUGACGUUGAAUGGGAGAGAUACUACUUAAAACACAUCAGCGGUCAGGAGACAGGCUCAAUUCCACGGCUGUUGCUUGAACAGAUAAAACAGCAGCAAAUGCAGAUAGCCGAGAUGAAAUGUAGUGAGAGGGCGAGCAACGCGAAGCACCAGGCGACCAUCGAGGACAUCAGGAGAAGCUACGACCAGGAACUCCUUCGUCUGCAGGCCCUCCUAACCAAAACCCAAGAGGCGCGAAUGGUUAGGGAUUUAAAUCCUGAAACAGCGGACACCGAAAAUCUCGAUUUGACCUCCAAACCAAGUGGUCUUGAGAAGGAGCUCAAGUUUCAGAGCAGGCUAAUCCAGGGCUAUCAAAAGGAAAACGAAAUGCUGGUUCAGGAGAACAAGAAACUCAAACAGGCAAGUUUUCCACUCUCACAAGGUGGCCAAUCACAUGCGUUUCCCGUGGAAGCGGCAAUUUUGAAAUCACAGGAGCUUCGUGGUUUAAAUCAGGCUCCUGUCGGCCCUACUAAGCUUGCCUCAGCGUUAGUACCGACUGAAGAUGCAAACGCCACGGCUGAAAGGCUUGCACGCGAGAACGCGCGCCUUCAAAUCGAUUUGCAACGGGCUACAGACGAACUGCAAUUCCUCAAGACCUCGCAUAAGACGGUGGAGGGCAAGGAAGCAGUAGAAACCACCAGUGAACAGGAGGAUCAAGCUCAAUUAAAGUCAGACCUUCAAGAAACCAUUCAACGGCUGGAAGACGAGCUGAAGCAAAGUAGGAGUGAAUGCAAUCGCUUGAAAGCUCGGCUCACCAACAUGGAGACAUUGUGGGCACAAGACGCGAACGACGACAUGACGGAAAUCAAAAAGACACUGCAUGACAACGAGGCAGCCAUGAUGCGACUGAAAGAGAAGCUUCGACGACAAGACACUGGCCAUACCACCCAAAACCGGCAUCUGGCCACCAUUAGGAAACAGGCCACUAGGAGAAUGCCUGAACGGCGACCGGAAGUUCAAAUCGGAAGCUCAAAGCCAGGCCUUGACAACGGGAAGCAGUCGUUGGGAGGUAGAACCAUUCACCUGCUUCAAAAGAACUUCGACGUUCUCAAAAGAGAGUACGAGGAGUACAUCCGUGUGCUGGAGGAGAAUUUGGAGGUGUGCGGCAAGUCGGUGGGCACUGGAGCGAGACCACAGGCAUCGGCUGCUGACGCCGCCGCCAUCCAAUCGCACAUCGAUCACCUAAGAGCGGAACUCAAUCGAAGACUCGCGGGGGUCGCGCGAGGCGAUGCUGUGACCUCCCCUCCGCCCCAGCCACUCUUAGUGGACAAAGAGACAGCCACUGCCAUCUCUGCUCCCAGGACUGCCGUCGAAGCUGUUCAAACCGACAAAACAGCAACCUGCUCGACUUCGACAGCCGCGACACAGACCGCCCAAACGUCGUCAGACGGCAUCGCGAACACUCAGGAUCAGAGAGGAAACGAAAAUAGACAGGAGUCAGUGUUCGUCGCAGCUUUUAAUUCCAGUCAAAAGCAAGUCGCAGACGCCAAGAAUCAGAUGGACAUCCAACGCCUCAAAGCAGCCACGAAGUUGGAAGCCUUGGCAACAAGCCUUGCAAGGAUUCCAGCGUCCACAAUGACGCCGUCCACGAACGAGGCGAGGAGGCCACUGGCCGACAAGGUCACGCGUCUGUGCUGCGAGCUCAACGUGACGCGUCAGCGCGCGGACAGACUGCAGGCGCAGCUGGACACACUGAGGCGCGUGCACAUUGCCGCCAUCACCGGACAGCCGAGCGCAGAGGUCACAGCGCGCCUCCUCCACCACCUCACCGAGCUGGAACAGCAGCAGAAUCGCAAGAGUCGGCGCCUUGAGGAGUACAUUCAAAGCCGCCUGGUUGACGCUCACACCAGAGGCGAGUGCCCGUGCUCCCGCGACGCUGACGUGGCCGCCUCGUACUGGCGCCGGAUCGCCGAAAAACGAGGCCGACACGUUGCCCUCCUCGACUCCGAACUCGACAAACUCACCGCUCUGCUAGUCGAGGUCAGCACGACUCACCCGCCCCCCAAUCCCCCACUGUCCGCCACCGGCACACCUUGA